UCACACAUUCCUAUACGCAGACUGAGGGAGCCCCAUUUCUGACGGGCCUGCCGAUGGAGUCAGGGAGGGCAACACUGCUCAAAGAGCAGCAACUGAAGGAUCAGUUUGAUAACUUAGAGAAGCAUACACAGUCAGGCAUCGAGUUCGUGGAGAGGUACAGUAAAUUCGUCAAAGAGAGAUCGGAGAUUGAAAUCAGCUAUGCAAAGCAGAUUAGGAAUCUAUCAAAGAAGUAUCAACCGAAGAAGAACUCAAGAGAAGAGGAGGAGAACAAAUACACGUCAUGCCGGGCCUUCCUGUCAACGCUGAACGAGCUGAACGACUAUGCAGGACAGCACGAGGUCAUUGCUGAGAACCUGACCUCUCAGAUCAUCACUGAACUCUCACGGUACCUCACAGAGCUCAAGGCAGAGAGGAAAUCGCACUUCCAUGAUGGACGUAAAGCGCAGCAACAGAUUGAGAGCUUGUGGAAACAGCUGGAGUCGAGUAAACGGCGGUUCGAGAGAGACUGUAAAGAGGCGGACCGGGCGCAGCAGUACUUUGAGAGAAUGGACGCCGACAUCAAUGUAACGAAAGCAGACGUGGAGAAGGCGCGGCAGCAGGCUCAGAUGAGACACCAGAUUGCAGCAGACAGUAAGACUGAAUACUCCAACUACCUGACCAAGUUCAACCAGGAGCAGAAUGAACAUUACUACACACUCAUCCCCAAUAUAUUCCAGAAACUCCAGGAGAUGGAGGAGAGGCGGAUCGAGAGGGUGGGUGUGUCCAUGAAGACAUACGCAGAGGUGGACCGUGAGGUGCUGCCUAUUGUAGGGAAAUGUCUAGACGGAAUGACCAAGGCUGCUGAGUCCAUCGAGCCAAAGACUGACUCUAAGCAGGUAGUGGAGUCGUACAAGUCUGGGUUUGAGCCCCCAGGGGACGUAGAGUUUGAGGACUACGGGCCGGGACAGACCAUGAAGAGGACUGUCUCUGAGACCAGCCUGUCCAACUCACGAGGAGAGGCCAAGGAACGUCCCGGCGGGGGCAAGAGCAAAGGCAAACUGUGGCCUUUCAUUAAGAACAAGAACAAGCUUAUGUCCCUGUUAACGUCCCCGCACCAGCCCCCCCCCGCCCCCCCAGCCUCCAGCCCCCCCUCACCCUGUGCUGUUCCCAACGACCCCCAGUCUCCCAAGCAGAACAAGGAGCCCCUCUCCAACCGCUUCAACGAGUUCAUGGCCUCCAAACCCAAAAUGACCUGCCUCCGGAGCCUGAGGCGAGGGCUUUCUCUCAAGUUGGGCUCUGGACCGGAGGACUUCAGCCACCUGCCCCCAGAGCAGAGGAGAAAGAAGCUUCAGGCCAAGAUAGACGACAUAAAUAAGGACAUCCAGAAAGAGAUGGACCAGAAAGAUGCCCUAACUAAGAUGAAGGGUGUGUAUGAGAAGAAUCCCCAGAUGGGAGACCCUGCCAGUGUGGACCCCCGGCUAGUAGAGAUGGCAAUGAACAUCGAGAAACUGCAGUCCGAGGUCCAGAAAUUCGAGGGAUGGCUGGCGGAGGUGGAGGGGAGGUUACCGUCGAGGAGUGACCCUCCCAGGAGACAGAGUGGUCUGUACGAGUCACAGAACAGCAACAGCACCAUGGUCGACAACAACUGUGCACAGGACAGAGAGAGCCCGGAUGGCAGUUACACAGAGGAGCAGAGUUCAGAGACUCAGGUCAAGGUGGCCAUAGCAAACACUCCAGAGUUUGAUGAUGAGUUUGACGAUGGGGAUGAGGAGACACUGCCCACCAUCGGCACCUGUAAAGCCGUCUACUCAUUUGAAGGUCAUAAUGAGGGGACUAUCUCAGUGACAGAAGGAGAGCUGCUGUUUGUAAUAGAGCAGGAUAAAGGUGACGGCUGGACGAGGGUCCGCAGGAACGAAGAGGAAGAAGGCUACGUACCCACGUCCUACGUCGAGGUCUUUUUGGAAACGAACACCAAAGAUUCCUAAAAGUGUGAGAGCUGGCUCAGGAAUGGCAGGGCAAGCAGCCUCAGCGACAGAGCGACCACAUUCACGUUCCUUUACGGUCAGAAAGUCAGAGAGAGCCACAUGACCGAGGCAAAGACAGGAGACCUAUGAUGCAUCUCAAUUUCCAACCUGAUACAUUUGUAGAGUUCUCUCCUUCUGCAACGGUCUCUGACCAGAAGCAACAAGAGAAAAACAAACCAAAUUGAGCGCUCGUAAAUCUUUUAUUUUUUAAUAGGUUAUUACCCAUUUAUCAUUUUGCUUCUUUUGUCUCUGCAAAGCUUUGCUUCUCAAUGUACUAACUCAGCUUCCGCUAUGCGGCGUUACCAUGGACACUGUUGGCUCUCUCACCUCGAAUGCCCCCCCGAGUCCCAACCCACUUCCCUGCCACUCCUCCCUAACCCCCCUCCUAAAGCACGGCAGGGUGUGGUCAGACAGGGCCGGGACCAACCCAAUCUGCCCCCGACUACAACCCACACACACCAUCCCACCAGACAUGAAGCCAAACCAUGUCCCUCUCCAGUCCACACUCCCAUACAAAUCAAUCAGGUGGAUGCAGUUGCAGAAUCUCUCACUCAGUGACUCAGAGCCAUCAUCGCAGAAGGAACAGUCCAGAUACAGCAUCACAUGGAGUUUCCAUGGAAACAACACAUUUAUUCCACUCUCUGAUUCGUCAUCUGUAUGACUGAAGUUCAUAUAUAGUGUGUGUACGCGUGUGGGUGCCUGUCAGUAUCAUGUACAUCCCCCAUACACACUCCAUCCAUGACUGAGAAAGGGACAGGGCUGGGAGUUCCAGGAAUGUGGGGUUGGAGACAGGUUCACAUUACUUCACUCACCUGCACUCUCUCUCCUUACCAUACCAUCAUGUGUUGUUACUGGCCUCCCGUCUGCUCCUUUCUGGCCACACCCCUCCCCUCCACAGACCCCUCCCCUGCAAGUGUCAGUCACUGGUCGUUGAGCGCCAUGUCACCGCUUAUGGUGGGGCAUCUCUCAGGUGGUGCGUGCGGUGUGCAUGCUUGCCCUGUCUCCUCCUUGGCUCGCCCCUCGCGCUUGGCUCAGGGGGCUAGCUUAUGCUCGUCGCCUGGCCUUUUUUGUUUAAGUUAACCCCCACGGCCUGUUACACUUCUUAACCAGUUUAUCCAUUUGUCACCUUUUGGGUUCUGUGCCUGUGGAUCAUCUACUAGCUGUUCCUUAUUUAGUUUUUUGUUGUGGCUGUUUGACUGUUCGUCGUCUCUGAAAGCAUGUUCACCUACCUGUGUUUUUAACAGUGAGUGUGUGCUCUCCCUCACAGUAACUCCUCCAGCUCAAAUCUCAUUACCAGAAGAGAAGAAAAUGUGGGAUUCCAAAAUGUCUGUUUCUGAAUGACAUCAUGCACAGUAAAACAUUGAAUUUGUCUAUUUGUUAUGCUGUAUGUAUGUAAUGUUGUUGGCUGACAUUGUACGUGUUUGAGAAGUGUGUUGAAGGCAAGCGGUCGUUAGCGUCAUCCUGUGGAUACAUGCUGCGGUGUUUCACGUCUCCACUGUAUAUCCAACAGACAGUGUCCCCUGGAAGAUAACUUGAAGAUUAUUUAAAAUUCUCAUGUAGUUUGCUUGGGCCACUUACUACUGCGUGUGGAAGUAUUGUAUACUAUGAUCCACACACCUUUCCCACAAUGUUGUGACUGAAUAUGAGACAAGACAAACUUCCUAUUGGGCCUUAACUGGGUUGAUCCUAGCUACCACUAAAAACAAGUUCAAGUUGUGUCACAUGCACAAGUACAGUGAAAUGCUUAACUUGCAUGCUCUACCCAACUGUGCAGUAAUCAGGGGGAGUAAGAUGCCAUUCUAUUAUCUAUGGUAUGUUGACUAGGUCGAGACAUCUCGUUUUUUUAUAAAGGUGGUGAAGGAAGAUUACUCUCAAUGUCUACAGAGAUGAUGAUGUCCACUGUUUCCCUUUCUUGAACGCAUAUAAACAUUUUAAUUUUGUAAUUAUUUUUUAACAGUGUUUGGUCGAAGAGAUUGCUUUUUAAUUUGUAGCUAGUUUCUAGCUGGAAAACUGUUGCACCUGAAUUACAAACCACAUGAUGAUGAAACCAGUUGUUUGAUCUGCCUGAAGUCACUGUAGAUAAAGUAAUGAAAAACAUUGUUUUGUGUAAUGAAGCAAUUAGUGAUAUUAUUAGCUUCAGGUAUGUCCCAAAUGGCUCCCUAUAUAGUGCACUACUUUUGAUCCAGCUCUGGUCAAAAUAAUUGCACUAUGUGGGGAAUAGGGUGCCAUUUGGCACUCCACCUUAAGAGUGUUUUGAAAAAAAAUUUAUUCCAGUAUUAUUACUCAAGCAACAUUUCAAGGAGCAGCAACUGAAAUUGUAUCAAUGCAAACAAUGUAUAUUAUCAGCAGAACCACAAUUGAACAGUGAUCCAUCACCAUGUGGAGUCCCAGUUACUUGACAUAAUUUAAAAAGACAAGCAGCGCAAAUCUGCAUGUUCUGUGGCCGAGAACCAGGUCAGGUCAAAGUUUCACUUUGCUAUUCCCACCCGUCCAGCUCUUAUUUUGACUAGUGUAGAUAUUGACUUGGCAGUUGUUUUGUUUGUUUGUGAGAAGGCAAAACUGAUUUUUAUGCAGACCAUCAGAAGGUGCAUCUCUGUGCUGUGCUGACUGACAGACAUACCCACUCAGAGAGCCAGUAUAGAGAAAAAUCUGCCUAACUCUCGACUGAGACCAACCCAGACCUCCAGCCAGGCCCCAGUGCACCUGUACAAAAUAAAAAUGGCUUGUUGAAAUUAGAGAGAAUAUAUAUAAAUAAAUAUGGAUUAAACUAAGACAAAAAAGGAAAUAAAUAUAUUUUUAAGGUUAAGUAUUAAAGGCCUUACUUUGUUUUCUCUGCUUUGCUAAGACUGUUUUUUUUGUAAAGUCUGCCAAAUGGUGUGUUUAGCACUUUUGUUUGUGUUCAAGUUGGUAUAUGCUUAUGUUUUAGAGCACUGAAUACUUUGUUUUGUGUUAACUGUGCCAAUUAAAUACAUGUUGAAAAUAA